UAUGGGUUUCGUACGCUGCAUUAAAACAGUCUAAACUUUUCAACAUUUUCAAAAAAUGCCCGAUUGUGACACAACAACGAAUGCAAGUAGCUCUUCUAGCUGUGGAACGAUAGGCAGCAAUGAAAAAAAUCAGAAAAAUGAUAAGCUGAAGGUUCUCGCUCUUCAUGGGUAUCGUCAAACGGCAGAGUCUUUCAAGAGCAAAAUUGGUUCGUUUCGGAAGUACCUGAAUAAAUAUGUUGACUUUGUGUUCGUAACAGCGCCUCAUAUUGCUCCCGUUGAGGGCGACUCCGGGAACUCUUGGUGGUUUAACAAAGAUGACGGAACAUUCAAGGGUACAAAUUUAGAUGGACCGGCAAUCGGAUUUGAGAAAAGUUUACGAUUGAUCGAGGAAGUUUGGGAAACGCAAGGCCCUUUUCAGGGCAUCCUUGGCUUUUCACAAGGUGCUUGCUUUGCAGGAAUUAUAUGUAGUUUAGCUGUAAGAAGUAUGACAUCAAUUAAUCCCAGAUUCGCACUUCUUGCUUCAGGAUUUCGUUCAGGCAGCUUAGUACAUCGAAAUGCGUAUGAACAGAAAAUUCAAAUUCCAAGCUUGCACAUUUAUGGUGAGACGGAUGAAAUUAUACCAAAAGAAAUGAGCUUGGCUCUUGCAGAAUGCUUUGAUGAGCCAAACGUUUUAUCUCAUUCCGGAGGACACUAUUUUCCAGCUACUGCAAAUCAAAAACAAAUCUACAUUGAUUUUUUUCAAGACCAAUUACAGGAUUAUCUGGAAGCCAAAGAAAUAGCAGAAGCAUCACUCGCAAAUAUGAUAGAACUCAAAACGGCUAAUAAUGACGAAUCUGAUAAUGAAUAAAAAAAAUACAUUUUUCAUUUUUUUUUUAUUAAUUUUUUUCCAUUUUACAUGAUUUUUUUUUAAUUUUAAACAAAUGAAAGAGAACACAAUGUAUCCAAGUCUCAAAAUUUAGAAUUAUUUUUUUUUUUUUUUGGUAAUUGCUUGUAUGAAUGUAUGCAUUGAUCUUUAUUACAGUGAUUGAUAUAAAAUUUGCGGAGGAAGAACCAAAUGUUGCUUGGAUUGAUUAUUACAUAGUUCUUUUUUACUUUUGGCUUGUUUCAUAGAAAUGAUAAAUAAAGAUCUGAGUCUCAGUCAAGAAUUUUCUUUUCGAUUUGCAUUUAUGACAAUGACAAUUUUUUAUGUUUUAUGGGUUUUUUUUUCUGAAAAAGUACAAAAAGGUAUAUUUUAGUGUUUCAAGUCGAGAAGAAAAUCCUCUGUGAUGGCCCACAGAUGAGAAUUACUAAAUGAUAAUAAAAGAAAAUCAUAUGAAUGACUUACAAUUAAAAUUUUAUUGAAAGUCAUAUUUUUUUUAUUACAAUGUGAAAAUGAAGAAAAUAAAAAGAAA